AUGGUUCCAAAUGAAGCCUAUCAGUAUAUGGGGAUAAUCUGCUUGCUUCAGCAUUUCAGAUGGAUGUGGGUUGGCCUCUUUGUUAUAGACAAUGAGAGUGGAGAACAUUUCUUGCAAGCCAUGGAGCCGUUGCUUUCCCAGAAUGGAAUCUGUUUGGCCUUUGCAGCAAGGAUACCAAAGCAAGGUCGUUUGCUGGCCAUUCAUGAACUAAAUUUUUUAGCCUCCAAUUUAUAUUUACCUUUAAUGGAUAGGAAAGCAAAAGCAUGCAUCAUCUAUGGUGAAACUCUCACCAUUAUGUGGCUAAGCACCUUAAUGACUCUAGUGGAUCCUGAACAUAAGGAACCUACAAUUAUUGGAAAGGUAUGGGUUAUGACUGCUCAGAUUGAUUUUACAUUAAUGGGCUUUAUCCUGAGUUGGGAUUUUCAAAUAUUCCAAGGAACUAUUUCCUUUGCUGUUCAUUCUGGUCAACCUCUAGGGUUCCAGGUGUAUCUUCAAAGCAUAAGGCCUUAUUGGAUAAAAGGAGAUGGCUUUCUCAAGGAUUUCUGGGAACAAGCCUUUGAUUGCUCACUUUUAAAUCCCAGCAUGCCAACAACAGGUGAUAAAAUUUGUACUGGAGAGGAGAGGUUGGAGAACCUUCCUGAGUCUGUUUUUGAAAUUCAUAUGACUGGCCACAGUUACAGUGUCUACAAUGCAGUCUAUGUAAUAGCACAUGCUUUGCAUGAAAUCAUCUCCCCUAGAUCCCAACACAGAACAAUGGAGAGAGAAAAAAGACAAGAGCCUCAAAAUAUCCAGGCAUGGCAGCUCCAUCCAUUUCUUCGAGGCAUUUCUUUUAACAACUCAGCAGGAGAAAGCAUAUUGUUUAAUGAUAAGAGGGAAAUGGUCACCGGGUUUGACAUCAUGAACAUGGUCACAUUUCCAAACAACUCAUUCCGGAGAGUAAAAGUUGGAAGGGUGGAACUCAAUGCUCUUGAAGGGAAAGAAUUUAUUAUUCAUGAGGAUAUAAUUGAGUGGCACAGAAGUUUUAACCAGGUGGUUCCCCUUUCUCUGUGUAGUUACUCCUGCCAAGCUGGAUAUCAGAAGAAAAAGAAGGAAGGGGAGCAAUUUUGCUGCUACGAUUGUGCUCCAUGUCCAGAAGGGAAGAUUUCCAAUCAAGCUGAUAUGGAUGGCUGUUUCAAAUGUCAAGAAGAUGCAUAUCCAAACAGGAACCAAGAUGGAUGCAUCCCUAAACUUAUAACCUUUCUGUCUUAUGAAGAACCAUUAGGGAUCAGUCUAACUUCAGUUGCAGUUUGGUUUUCCCUGAUAACUGCUUCAGUACUUGGAACUUUUAUUAAGCUCAGAGACACCCCCAUAGUCAAAGCCAACAAUCGGGACCUCACCUACAUGCUCCUUGUUUCCCUCCUGCUCUGCUUCCUCUCUUCUUUUCUAUUCCUAGGCCAACCUGGAAAAGUGACAUGUUAUCUCCAACAACCUGCUUUUGGCAUCAUCUUCUCAGUGUCUCUUUCUUGUGUGUUGGCCAAAACUAUAACAGUCCUUCUAGCUUUCAUAGCUACCAAACCAGGGUCCCCUAUGAGGAAGUGGGUGGGGAAAAGACUAUCCAACUCUAUUGUGCUUUCUUGCUCCCUCACUCAAGCAGGCAUUUGUUUGGUAUGGCUCGGAACAUCUGCCCCAUUCCCAGAUUUAGACAUGCACUCAGUGUCUAAGGAAAUAAUUUUGCAAUGUAAUUCAGGAUCUGUCAUCAUGUUUUAUUUAGUUCUGGGCUAUAUGGGGCUUUUGUCCAUCAUCAGCUUCACAGUGGCAUUCUUUGCCCGGAAGUUGCCUGACAGUUUUAAUGAAGCCAAGUUCAUCACCUUCAGCAUGCUGGUGUUUUGCAGUGUUUGGCUGUCUUUUGUUCCAACAUACCUGAGCACCAAAGGGAAAUACAUGGUAGCUGUGGAGAUCUUCUCUAUCUUAGCCUCCAGUGCUGGCUUAGUGGGGUGUAUCUUUUUCCCUAAAUGCUAUCUGAUUGUGCUGAGGCCUGAGUUGAACAGAAAGGAGCAGUUAAUGAGAAGAAAGUCCUGA